UGACCACAAAACUAGUUCAAAUAGAACCAGGGUUAGGCUUUACUGAAGUCUUUUUUGAUGAUUUACUUUCAAUUCAAAGAGACCCAGUAUUUUAUCUGUCCAUUUUCAUGAUUGGAAUACUAUCCGGAGUUGUACUCUUUACUAAAUAUGAUAGCAAAACUACUAAAUAAUCAACCAAAAGAAUAUGCUUCUCAGGGGUACAAAAUGAUUGAUCAGCUCAACAAAAACUUAAAAUGGUCUCAAAAGCAUGAAAGAUACUUUAAACUAUUCCAAAGAAUGCUCCUUGCCUCUCUGAUGGCAUGAGUGCUUCUUUGGUAUAAAUAUGAGAUUGAGUAUUUAUCAGAUAACAUUUACAUGAUUUCCAUCUUCUUUUGAGUAUCAUUUGCUAUCUCAAAAAUCCUGCUGACUGUUGAACAACUUGAGAUAAAGAAGACAACCAAAUAAAAUUGAUAAAGUUGAACUUAAAAUCUUCAGUCAGAAACAAAAGAUCUUGAAAGAGAUGGACUCAGAAUUUAAAUCCGAACUUAAAGCGCUUAUCAUGAAGAAAGUUGAAAUCGAAAAAUAUACUCCAUCCCAAAAAUGAGCCUCCCAAGAAGAUGAAGAGUGACUGCAAAGACAGUUUUAUGACAUCGAUCUUUAUAGGAACAAAGAACUACUAAAAAACUGCACUAAUUUCGAAUGGUGAAAUAUCUGCCUGGAGAACCAAAACUUUAUCAUGGAGACUUUCCCAUGCCAGCUAAAAUGAAUUACAAAAUUUAGAAAAAUGUAUCGCAUUGGAGUCAAACAAUUUACUGAUAAAGAAACUUAUUUACCUAAAUUAAGAGAGCUUGGUAGUCAGAUUAACAGCUUGAAGAGACGAAUCCAGCAAAAUGGCGAAAACUCUUAAUUCAAUUUUAAAUA